CUAGAUCAAGCUCAAUUUUCACACCAAAUCAUUCUGGUAAGUAAUUUCGUUCAUUCUCCCAAAUUAAAAUUGUUAAUUAUUUUCUUAACAAAAGAAACGGCCGGUGUAGUCUUUAAUCAAUCUUAUUUCAUCUUAUUUUGCGUUGAAUUUCUUCUUUAAUCCUGUCUGAUUCCAAAUACUAUUAUUUCUUGGAAAAAAUAUAAUUUUUUUAUUUACGCCAACGUUAUUGCCGUGUAACGCAUCGAGAGAUUAAUCCGUUAUUAGAUUUCACGAUAUCGGAUCUUUAAUACGAUUAUUAACUAUUGUGUGAUUAGGUGUUGAAUGGUCUAUUCCUGAUAGAAUGUUAGGGUUUCUGGGAUGGAGAAAAUAAAAAUGAAGUUGAUGUUGUAUGAGUUGCUUUGAUCCUUUCUAAUUUCUAUGCUAUUCUUUGAAGUUGUGAUUAUAUUCACAAAAUUGAGAAUUGUUAUUAUUAUCAUCAUUUACAGAAGGAAAUUAAAGCUCCCCAUGGGAGAUGAAGCGAGAUAGAUGAAGUUCGAGGGAACAGAAAUAAAAUAAAUUUAUGCAACAUUAAAAGUUUUGAUUUAAUUGAAUGGCCACGGUCGGGGAGAAGCCUGAGAAUAGUGGUCCGGCUACGACCUCCGGUGGCAGCGCUGUGGGAGGUGACAAUCUUGAUCAGCAUAAUACACAUGCUACGAAAAGGGAGAAAACGACACCGUCCAGCUCCUCGGAGUCUUCGUGGGGGGAGCCGGUGGAGAGCACGGCCAGCGCCAAAAACACGAAAUCCAACCCGGCGGCGGACGAUGGAUCGCCGCCAACGGAGAAAGUACUCGAUGACCCGGACUGUUAUCGGAUCCCGUCGGAGGUGUUUUCCAGGACGAAAUCAUCGACGCCGAUGGAUUGGAGCGUGGCGUCGAACGAAUCGUUGUUCAGCAUCCAAAUGGGAAACAUGAGCUUCACAAAGGACCACGCCUUCUUGUUGGGGAAAUCGGACGAGUUGGGCUACGACGCAGCUAUGUCCAUGGGCUUAAGCCCAAUGGCGAGCCCAAUGCGGGACCGACCACCCAUUAGCAGCAGCCCAGCCAAGAGUAGUAGUAAUAGUGGCAGCCCCAAGCCCGCUGAAACGGCGACGCCUCCGCCUCCGUCGAAAGACAAGAAACCGGACACUGGAGGGGGCGGGACGCCGUCAAGUGUGACGCAGCAGGAAAUCAAACAGAAUGAGAGUGGCGGUGGCGGUGGCGGUGGCGUGGAGCAGCAGAAUCCGACCCAAGUUGCCAAGGAUCCGUCUUUCCACUCGGCCAGCCUUCGCCGGAGCUCCACUGCCAGUGGGGCCAGCGUCAAAUCUUUCGCCUUCCCAAUAUUGACUGGAGAUGGACAACACCGGUCGACGCAAUCGCAGUCACAACCGCCGACACCUCAAGCGGCUCAACAAGAACCCGUGACUCCGAGAUCGGAUAGAGAUAACGUCAAUAACAAUAAUAGUAAGUCGUCGCAGCCGUCGACGCCAAAAUCAGGGGAGAAUAAAGGGAAUCAGGGUGGUGGUGCUGCCGGCGGUCAGGGUAGUAAAUGGUUUUCUUGUUUUCCCUGUUGCCCUUCACGUACUUCAUGAUCGAUGUUAUAUUAGCACACCAAAAAAAGAAAAUAAUAUAACUCAGGAACAAAGUAAACAAGAACAACAGAA